AUGCAAACAGCCGAUGAGCAAAAGCUUUUCCAAACCGACGCCCAGUUAAAGAUAGCCGAUCUAAGGCUUCAAAAGUCUCUAGACGAUAAGAAACCAAGUGCGGCUAAUGGCUAUCCAAUGGUCCUUGCAAGCAAACCCCUCAAGAUACUUGUUGAGGGUGACGAUGUUUAUGUAGCUCAGAAUGGAUUCGUGGCCCAGCGGAUCGAUUUGAAGACAGGCUCGGUCAAAGGUACUUUCAAAGGUCACGCAGGACCUGUUACUUCAAUCGCGAUAUAUCAUAUGGUCACUCCUCAAGGAUUACGAAAGCUUUUGAUUACCGGUUCUUGGGAUAAGACAGUGAAGGUUUGGGAUGUAGAAACUCAAAUUCAAUUAUCGUCAUCGGCUGCUCAUCAAGAUUUCGUCAAAUCUUUGGAGAUGAUCCAAGGUCUUGGACUAUUUGCAUCUGGAUCCACCGAUCGAGACAUUCUACUUUGGGAUAUCAAGACAGCAGUUGAUACAUACGAUUGGGACCAAAUCAAAGUCGAACAUCGUACUCGGAAGAGUGCUCUCUACAAUGCUCGAUGUCAAGAUAAAGUGGCUACGGUUGAGGGAGCGCCUAUUGUUACAACCACCGACGUCUCUAACGAGUCUUCUACCGAAACUACAGACGCCGGCAAAAUUGAAACAGAAGUUUCCGAUGUAUCGUCGUCAAAGGCUCCGCCCGGCCCCUUGCACGAGCCUAUCCAACGAGUGGGAACGUUGAAGUCGCAUACACGUCCGGUCGAUGCUUUAGCUUGUCAUCCAGUCUGCAGUAUGAGUGAUGCACCUAUGGGACUUCCUCAAGAUCGCAAUACCCAACAGCCUCACCUCUUGAUCUCUGGUGACACAAUGGGAGCUCUAAAAGUUUGGUGCUUACGCCCUACUGAAGAUCGCACCCAGCCCUUCAAAAGCUCUCUAGAAUUCACUAGCUCGUUGCAUCAGACGAGUAUCAAUUCCAUCCAAAUUAUCAAAGAUGACGAUUUGCCACCUGAUGUUCGGCCCACUGCUCGACUCUGGACCGCGUCUUCUGAUCAUUCGGUAUUACUUUCUAUCCUGGAUCUUACUUUGGAUGCAUCUGUUCGAGUCAUGAGUGUACUACGGCUAGAGCAGCCAUAUUAUAUCCGAUGCGCGCUUCAACUACCUAGUCAAGUAGUUUUCAAUUCAAUGCUACCUAAUUGGUUGAUCACCGGUAGUACGGACGAAGGUAUCCGGGUCUACGAUUUAGAUCAAAUUGACGACGAAGUCGACUAUACUUCUGUCAUGUUCAAUCCUCGUCCGAAAUCCAACACCUCUGAAAAGAAACUGCAAAACGCUUGGUUUGGGUGUGUGGACGCACAUUGGCACGAAGUCACCUCACUUGGAGUUUGGUUUGAUCAGGCCAGUUUGCAAUCAUGGGUGAUCAGCGCAAGUUUGGAUGGAACUCUGCGUAAGUGGGAAAUCGGCGCCUUAAGAACACUGUUCAGCGUGCAAAAAUCGACCCCUAAGGCUUGUGUCAAGUCUACUUGCGAGGAGACCAAUAUGAAGCUGAGCGCGGAAGAGGAAGCAGAACUGGCAGAACUCAUGGAAAGCAUGGAUUGA